AUGAACAAGAAUCAAAUUCAAAAUGCCAAUAUUCGCAAGCCAUCAAACACAUAUUUAAAAACUGAAUUCAAUAAUACUUCAUAAAUCAAAGAUAAUAGAUUUACAACGGAACCAUCUCCUAAAAAAUGCAAUAAAGAGAAUAUUGUUAAGGCCUCCUAUCUCAAAGCCACUCUUUCUAAUCAUUUGAUAAAACAAGAUAGAAAUAUUACACCCAACUUACCCAAGAGCAGUGUGAUUAGUUUGUUUUUAAAAUAACAAUAAGAGGAAUAAUAAGUUGAAUCAAAGGGGAGUAUUUGUUAGGCCCAUAAAAAGAAGUAUAAAUAUGAAGUCAAUGAGCAAUUGAUGUGCAGCAGAUGUGUUGUUGAUUAUGCCAUUCUAUCUGGUUUGCCUAUACGUUAUUAUGAAAUUGAGAAAAAAAUGCUGACUUUUGGUUAAGAAGAAGAUCACGAUGAAUUUUACCAAUUUACCUAAAAUACAACCAAAGAACUUUAAUAUAUUUAGAAUAUAUAGACACAGGCGAAUGGAAUAAUCAAAAAAAAAGAACUCAAAGACUUUGUUCUAAAAGUUGGCGAUGUUAUCAGUUAGAACAUGUAAUUUCUCAAAUUAAUCCAACAACAUCAAAUUCAAUUCGAUAAUCCUAAAUAAAAAACACAUAAAAUAUUGGAAGAACUCUAAAUGCAGAGUAAAUAAAUCAUUGAUGACAUUCUUGAUAAAUAAAAAGCAAAAUCCUAAGGCUUACUUAUAAAUGAUGCUCCUUAAUAGAUUAAUUUAGCCAGCUUCAAAUCGGUGGUUUCUUAAUAGAUCAACGAUUUGUAGAAUAUUAAGAAGGACAUCCUGGAAAAUGUUGAAAACAUCAUAACCUAAAUGGAUGUAGCUCCAUUUAAAAUCAUAAUCAAUAAAUAUAAUGAAAAAUUAAGAUCAUUUGAAAAUACUCUCUUUGAAAUUUAGGAAUAAUACAAACAAUUUCCUAAAUAGAAUGAAGAUUAAGGGUACACAAAGAAAAUGAGAGAGUUGAAUUUUUAAAAGAAACUAUAAAAGAUAUUUACGGAGUUGAUGGAAAAUCCUAUUCAAAAAUCGCUCUUAUUAGCAGAUUAGAUAAAUAACAAUACGAAAUUUAUCUAGUUAUUAUAAAAAGUGAAUACAAAUUAAAACACAAACACAAUAUUCUAUCAAUCUAUUCUUAAAGAUAUUAACUCAGAUGAAAAACCGAAGUAAAUCAGGCCUAAGCUAAGAUAACAAGAAUGA